AUUAAUGAGUAAACCAUCGGUGCAAUGGAAUUUUUUUUAUUUGUAAGAGAUUUUUCGGGAAUGUCGGUUGCAGAAGUGAAGCCCUCUCCGUUAGAAGGAGUAACUAAAGUUAGCCGAAAUUAACAGGAUUUCGCCGCCUCCCCAGUGUAAAGCAGGUCCAUGGGUUCCCCGGAGGGUGCCAAGCUGUCGGUGUGGGUAUGCCAGGAGGAGAAGGUGGUGUGCGGGCUGACCAAGAGGACUAGCUGCGCCCAGGUGGUGAGAGCUCUGCUGCGGGAUCACCUCGCCCAUGCCGGGGACACUAGGCUGCUGCACGCCCCGCCCCGGGAUUACUGCCUGGCCGAGAAGUGGAGGGGCUUCGAGAGGCUGCUGCCGCCCGCCACCAAGCUGCUCAGGCUCUGGCUGUCCUGGGGCCCGGAGCGGCGCAAUGUGCGCUUCGUCCUGGUCAAGUGGGACGCCCGGCUGCCGCUGCCCGGCCUCUGGAGCGCCGAGGCCAAGGUGGUGCCGAGCAGCAGCGGCGGCGGCGAGGGUCAGCGAGGAGAGAGGCGUCCGGCCGCCCGCUCCGUGCGGGACCUGCCGCGGGACAAGCAGAGGAGGAUGGUGAGGAAAGCCUUCAGGAAACUGGCCAAGAUGAAGAGGCUGAGGCAGGGCCGGGAGCGCAUGGAGACCCUGGUGCACCUGAUCGUCUCUCAGGACCACACGAUCCGCCAGCAGCUGAGCCGGCUGCGGGAGCUGGACGGCGACAUCGAGCGGUUCGAGGGCCGCCUGCACUCGGAGCGGGUCCAGAGCGACGGGCAGAACUACGUGCAGGAGACCUACCUGCUGGAGGGCGGGCAGCUCCAGGAGUACCUCGAGAGGAGCGAGGCGGUUUGCCGGCUCGAGGAGGAUCUCGAACGGCAUCGCGAGGCCGUCCGGAGGCUGAGCGAGGAGCUCGAGCUGGAGCGCGAGCAGCUGUGCGGCGGCGGCGGCGACGACAACAACAGCGGCCCCGAGCGGCCGGAGGAGGGCAGCUCGGACAGUCUCCAGGGCGAGCUGGAGAGGAGCGCGUGCUGCGCGCGGCAGCUCGGCCGGAGUCUCGCGGACGUGCAGCGCAGGCUGCAGCAGCAGGAAGCCGCGCUGCGCGAGAAGGCGGAGGAAUACGAGCGCCUGGCGCGGCAGCUGGAGUGCCUGAGCCUCGCCGAGGAGGCGGACGGCGGUGGCGGUGGUGGUGGUGAAGCGCCUGGCCCCUGCCAGGGCUCGACCAAGGGCUCCGUCAAAUCUCCGCCUGAGAGCGGCUUCACCCUUUCGGAGGUGAACGACACCGACUCGGACACGGGGAUCAGCUCCACUCACAGCCAGGACUCCGAAUCGCCCUGUGUCGGGGUGUUUCCCGUUCCGCAAAACUAUCUCUGAAUCGUCCUUUGGUUAAAUUCUGUUUCCUUGUGAACAAACCAGGAGGGACAGUAACGCCCCUGGGACACGACGCAUGAAAGCUCCUACAUAUCUUUCAGAUGUUAGGUGCGUCUUUUCAAAAGAAAUGCCUUUAAUAUGUGACUUUAAAUUAAAUGCAGUUCGGAAAUUUGUACCGUUCUGUUUCGAGGGAAGGUGAGACUUGCCCAACUGUAAACCGUUAGUAGUAUUCUGAAACAAAAACAGAAAUUGCUGGGAAAGUAUUCAGAAAUUCUGUCAUUGGGUUGGUACAGCUGGUCACACAUACUGGGGACAGAGAUUACACAAACUCCUAAACAACCAGAUAAUUCCUGAACAAAUUCUUCCCACCUUUUUUACGUUAAAAACAAAACAAAAAGCACUGCUAAUAAAAGACAAGUGAUUUACUUGUAGAAAACACAACUCUCAUUCUGUUAUUCAAGGAAUUAGCCAACACCAUUGCAGAGCAAGCGCAAAUACCCCACACUGCAGUUAUCCCCAUUCAGAACGUCUGAAGCAACAGACUGAGAAGAUUGCACUGUGAACGCACCUUUUCGUAAUGCAGAUCAAGGAAUCUCUGGUUGUUUAGGGUGAUAAUAGUUUGAAGAUUAAUCUACAAACAGUACACCCCUCCUAACUGCACAGUUUCCUCUUACACACUUUAUCUUGGACAAACACAUUCAGAGGUUUGUCUAAGUUCACUGCACUACAAAAUAUUUUAUAUCAUGUAACUAAUGAUUAAUAUAAGCAGAAGUGGGCUGGUGUUUCUUAGUCACAGUAAAAUAAAUGAUUUAUAUUAACAUGCUGACUUCUUUUUGGCUAGGUACCAAAAAUGAACAAUAAGUUGCUAAGACUCAUUUUACUGAACAAUUUAACAAAUUGACAUUUACUAAAGUGGGAGCAAGGUGAUUAUUUUGCACUGUGUGUAUAGACUGUAAUAUGAAUUGACAGGAUUUUCCAGAACAAAAUAAAAAUGAACACUGGAAAUUUUUUUAAGUGAUCUCUGUAAAAACAUGGAUUUCACAUUCACAUUAGAAAGUGAAAUAGAGCGUAGAACAUAUUAUGACACACCAAUAAAAAUCUUAUUGGUUUAAAUGGGACCAUUUUCCAUUUUUUACAGUAUUAACAUCCAAAGUAAGUCUGCUGCAUCUUUACCACCUGAACACAAAGCACCAGUUGUGCUGAGACCAGAAAGCAAAAGUAGGCAAAACUGCAUGGUAGUAACAGACCAGGACAGCUUUCUUCUUCUUGGAAUCAGUUUAACUCAAAUCCUUUAUUCCUGGAAUUGUGUCAACCAGACUUUCCCUUGCUCAUAACACCCAGGUAAUGUUUAACAGUAUAUUGAUGAUGAAACUAGAGAUUCCUGCCUUAACUGAUUUCAGAAUUUUUAAGAAUGUCUAAUUGUGACUAUAUCCAUUGUAUGCUGUCCUAUUGUAAAUCUUAACUGAAGUUGUGGUCUGAGAUAUGUAGCCAUUUUAUAGGCUCAGGUGGUUUCAUUCCUUGUGAAUAUCUAUCUUCACAAUACCUUUUCCUGGAUGAGCUACAACCAAUACGAAAGAGCCCACUAAUCCUUUAAGAAUGCAGAGGAGCAGCCACACAACAGACUUGAGUACUCUGCUUGACAUCCAACCAGUUUUCAGUGUUUCAGGGCUCCAAACAGCAAGAUUGUCUGAGGUGGAGUAUAAACCCAACACUGCCACUGUUGCAGUGAAUGUUGAUGAUAGUGCUGUACUUGAUGUCACCCUUUUAUUUGGAGUUCAUGUUCUAGUCUCCACUGACCAGGGCUGAAUUGAAUAGCAUUAAAACCUUUCAGCCUUACUUUGGAGCAAUGCUUCUGUUCGUCAAAGACUCAAUUCUCCGAUUUAUGAGUAAUGAUUCAGAUUUCCUCUAUAUACUGAUAUAAAUGUGUGCAUGUGUUUUAAAUGGCAGCAUUGCUGUUAAAAACCAGUAAUUAUUGCCCAUCCCUAAUUGUCCAUGGAAGAAGUCAGUAGUGAGCACUCCCUUGACAAUGACUUGCCAGGCCAUUUUAGAGGCCAAUGAAAAGCCAAUCAUCCUGCUGUGACAUUGAGUCACAUGUAGACCAUACUAAGAAGGAAGAGCAGAUUUCCUAAAGGACAUUAAUGAGCCAUGGGUUGCUAUGCUAAUCCAAUCAUUUUUGAAUGCUAUCUUAUCCUAAGUUUAUUUAAUUAAUUGAAUUUAAAUACCCAGUUGCAUAAAAGUUGCAAGCACUUAGUCUGACAGUUUGAUUAAAAUUGAUCAAUCUUCUGACGUGUUUAACUAUACUAGUUCCCUUAGGAAUUCAGUAGAAAGAUUGUUGCUAAGGUAUUUAAUGUUCUUCAGUGGACGUAUAAGGAUGUAUUUUGCAGAAUUCGCUUAAAAUGUGGGUAACAACAUAAAUUAAACAAACAAAAUUUAUUUCAUUUGCCUUACUUCUUACAACCCAUAGGCUCUGAAAUUUUACGUUCAUUAUCAUCGAAAGGUUAAAAGCAAGAUAUUAGGGAUGCUAGAAAUCUGAGGUAAAAACAGAAGAUGCUGAAGGUACAUAGCAGGCGUGACAUCACCUGUGUGAGAGAAACAGUGAAUGCUUUGAGUCCAAAGACUCUCCUCUUCCAUUCCAAAGGAGAGUCUUUGGUUACCAAAUGUUGGCUCUGUUUCUCUGUCCGCAGAUACUGCCAGACCUGCCAUCUCCAGCAUUUUGUAUUUAGAUUACUUGCCUUAUUCUUUCAGUGUUGGUAGUGACCUGCACUGUUUGGCCUUCACUUAGAUGUCUCAAUUUAACGAAAAACUACACCAGCAGUCUCUGUGACUGAUAUUACUGCACAAAAAGCCACCUUAUUAUUAAUUGUCAAAAAUAUAGAGCUCACAUGUGAAUGAGAUCGAUGCAGGUCUCUGUUGUCAACAGCUAAUUGACAUUUUUCUUGACAACUGUCAUCACCACCUAUUUCCAGUAAAUAGAAUGUUGUAUGCUGGAAAAUGCAAGGAGAACAUAAACUGGCAAAUUACAAUAAACAUGUUUUAAAGUUGUUGCCAGCUUUCAUAAUGCAUUAACUGAUUUGUUAAGUUGCUCCACCUCUGCAUUGUACAGUAGGAAAAAUGCAUUGUAUAUUGUUCAUAGGUCUCCUGGUCUACUUCCAAAUAAUUAUGCAUGAAAUGUGCCAAAUGAUUUCAAGAACGGUUAUAUUGAAUCUAUGGUGACACAGCAGUCAAGUCUAUAGUUUGUUUUCCACGUUGGGAGAUGAUAAAACAUAUACUCAACAAUAUAUUUCUGAGUUCUUUUUUAUGAUCUCUUUCAUACUCAAGAUGAAAUUUUGUAAUUCUUAAACAAUAAUCGUGGAUUAUGAAAAUUUUCAGCCAAACAAUUAACAUAGAUGGUCAGUGUGUUCCAGUAUCUCUCAAUUCACUUUGUCUCGAUUGUAAAGAAAUAGUUUUCAACAAUAAAGUGGCAAAAAUCUAAUGCAUUGACAUAAGGUUUAAAUAAGCUUCAUUUGCAAUGGACUUCAAAGUGAUGGAAUGUGCAUUGUAUUUGUCAAAAAGGUCAUUUCAGUAAUCUCAAAGGACAAACUAUAGCAAAUUUGAGAAUAUCUUUUGUACUAGCUAGUUACUAGUGCUUGUUUUUCCAGUUGACAUGAAGCUUGCACUUCAAAUGCAUAUUUGAAUUUUUCUGUUAUGGGUAAGCCAACAUUUUGAACAAAUUAUUGCACAUUAAACUUAAAAUGACAAUCGCCUUCCUUUCAGAGUUAUAAAUUUAUUACACUAGACACAAGUUUCUGUAACAAAUUUCUGGUUCAUCUUAACAACUUCCUGUACUUAAUAUAUUUGUUCAUUGACAUGCUCCAGAAAAGUUAUUAUGUUAAAGGAAAAUUGAUCAUCUUGCUUAACAUUCUGUGCCAACAACAGGGUAAUAAAAUGGAAAGGUUGUUAAGAUGUUAAUAAAAUAUUUUUGAAAGCUUCCUUGGAGCAUUUUCAUGCUACACCCUGUGAAGAAAUCAAUUAUAAUAAGUAUGACUUUGUUGUAAAAGUUAAUCAAACUCUUUUUGUAUUCUGUUAUUUCAUGAAAAUGUUACCUCCUUUUAUACUUUUGUGAUCAGUUUAUUGAGAUUUAGUUUGUACACUUGUGUAAUUAUG